CUCAAUGUCACAGUGAUCGCCAACCCAGUGCCAACUGGCCAAUGGUCUGAUGGUGUGAGGACCCUUCCUGUUCUACAAAACAACGACUAUACGUAUACUGUCAGGGGAAUGUCCAGGUCAGGUCUGUGAACGACUACCGAAAAUAUCACGUUAACAUCACUAACGGUAUACAAGGGACAUUGACAGUCACAUUCCAGAUACGCCCUGAAGAUGUACCUGAUAGACCGAUCAACUUUAGUGUAUCAGAUGUGGGGUCUGAUAAUGUCAGAGUCAUGUGGACACCAGGAUUUGACGGUGGGAAUCCACAGCAAUUCCAUGUUGACAUUAUGGCAGUCGGCAAAGAAUGGGUUACCGACACAUUGAAUAUCUCUGAUGAAGGUCAGGGAGUACCGAUGACACACACACUUGAGGGACUCGCCCCUUUCACUGACUACAUCAUCAGACUCAAUGUAUCUAACAAAAUCGGAAAGGGAAAUUCCUCGGAGAUAAGUGUCCGGACUGUUGCGCUCCCCCCGCCAGCCGCCCCCCAGUCCAACUUGACUGUCAUCAUAGUGGUGGUUGUUAUAAUCCUUCUUGCGGUUGUCGCCGGGAUCAUCGGUCUCCUGGUGUUUAAGCAGAAACGGAAUCAACAAGGUGGCGCCAAAAAACUAGGUGGUGAUACAAAACAUGAAUUUGCAACCACAGAUAACAACGAGUACGCUGUGGUAUCAAAACCACCCAAAGGUGGCGCUUCAAGAAAUAAAGUAGAAACAACAGAUGUCAAUGCUGAGUAUGCAGUGGUAUCAAAACCACCAAAAGGUGGUGCUUCAAGAAAUGAAGUACAACUAACAGAUGCCAAUGCUGAGUAUGCAGUCGUAUCAAAACCAUCAAAAGGCAAAGGUGGCGCUGCGAAAAAUAACAUCGGGAGCACAGACAACGAUAACAAUGAGUACGCUGUUGUAUCAAAACCGCCCAAAGGUAAAGUUACAGGUCAGGAAACAAUCUAUAAGAAUAGUGCUCCUGCAAAAUCAGGUGCAGGGAAGUCGUCCAAAGAACCAAAACCAGGACCCUCACGGAAAACUAACGAAGACGGACUUAUCUACAUUGACGUUGAGAUCAAACCUCAGCCUGGCAGAGGAAAAGGUGUCAUUCAUGGGGCCGAUGACAGAAAUGAAUAUGCCCUUGUUGACUUUUCAAAGACUGCGCCGCCCCAAACUUGACAACAACGGGCCACCAGGACGUAGAAUUGUUGUGUCUUUUCAGAGAUAUAUCUUUAACCAGGGUACAUGUAUUAAUCGGUUCUGUUAGCAUUGAAGGACUAGUCAUUAGAUUAUCAAAACCUGGCACCUCACUAAGAUAGUUGGCUCUAUAGGAGUAUAGGAAAAUUGUUCAUGCAUAAGUUACAUGGUGGAAAUUUUAUCAUUUUCAUACCUCUGUGCUAAAGUUGUGGAAAUGCAACCAAUGACCAUCAUAGCAGUAUACCUCUGUGACAAUUAAACCACAUCUGUGGAUGGACAUAUUCUCACGUAUUUCACGGAGUGAUCUCCUUGUUGCUAUAGGGAUGGGGUAAAUCAAUGUCACAUGGGGUAGGGAACGACAGAUGGCACGCCCUUUAUAGCAUGAUGUCAUCGUUUUAUAUGUUGUAACCACGUCACAAAUUGAUAACUUCAUCAAUUUGGACUCACAUUUUAUGGGACAUUGGUGAUAUGAUUGCGCUAUGAAAUGAUGUCGCAAAAUCUGUUAACUUAUAUACUUUUUUUUAGUAUGUGAGAAAUAUAAUCAAACAUAUAUAUAGGCCUGUACUAUGUAUCUUUAAAUAUUGAAUUUGUUUUUUGUUAAAACAUCAGUAUACAUGGUUUGUAAAAUAAAUUUCACUUGGUGAACGGGCCCCCUCAUGCUACUUUGAGGUAUUAUUUGAAGGAAGCUUUGUACCAAUGUCGUAUAUAGAGGUUACACAAUGAGUAGUUGUUGGAUAUGGAAUUAAUUUCACUUUAAAAGAUAACUAACGAGUGUGAAAUAAAUUCCAUAUCCAAAAAUCACGAGUCGUGUGACCUGUUUCUACCACAAUGACAAUGGCUUGAAUCAUAGGGGAACAUGGCCAAGUCUAAUUUUGCGUAUGCGAAUAAGGUGUACAAUAGACGGUCAGGACCCAGUGAUGUGACGUCAUUCGAUUAUUGAUGACGUUAAUAACAAUUGCAGUUCAGGUCAAAGGUCACCAUGUCAACAAAUCAAAACGUUUCUAGGGUUUAUUCCGCGUGUGGUAUAAAAUGAAUGUUAUUCAACAGUUUUAAUGAUUAUUUCAUGCCUCGGUAGUUGAAUAAUACCCACCUAUUGUGGUAGAAACUCUUGAUCCUACACUGUAUAAUAGAUGAGUAAUAUAUACAUAUAUAUUCAGAUAAUCAUGAUUAUUUUCAUCAUAAAAUCAUAAUUUUGCUAAACCAUGCGUACAUACCAGGAACAUGUUCCUUGUGAAAUUUGGGUGUAAAAAAUAAGAGGUUUUUUACGUAUACAUGUACAUUAUACCUUUACCUCGCGAAAAACAAUAGACUGAAAAGUCAAUCAUCAUUGAGGAAAGGAGCGUUUAAUGUUUAAUUAGUGCACCUGUUUGCCUGAAUAUGGUAAUGGUACAUUUAUAGGGGCAGGUGGACUUCGUUAUUCGGUUGAUUGCAGUAUUUGGGACCAGUUUACAUUGUAUAACAGUUAAUUACAAAACAAUGAUGGGUUAAUAAUCAUAAUAUCUACAAUUGGGAUUACUGACUGGCAUUUUUAUUCAACAAAUUUUCAAAAGUGAUUGCCCUGUGUUUAGUUUAUUUUUAUUUAGUCCCGAGAUUGCCAAUGUCUUUUAAAUUCAUUAAUUAAUUACAAUUACCCUUUGUGUUUAUUUUAUUUUUAUUUAGUCCCGAGAUUGCCAAUGUCUCUUAAAUGCAUUAACUUAUAACAAUUACCCUUUGUGUUUAUUUUAUUUUUAUUUAGUCCCGAGAUUGCGAAUGUCUUUUAAAUUCAUUAAUUAAUUACAAUUACCCUUUGAAUUUGUUAGAACGUUUAUACAUUCAUUGUACAUUUCACAUUUUUGUUUUUAAUUUAGAUUCAUUUAUUACACUUAAACAAUUCUUGAUUGAUAAUAACACUUUUGCAUUAGAACAGAGACCAUUAUAUGUAUAUUUUUUCUCCAUUUUUUGUUUGUUUGAUUCUGAUUGAAUUUGAUGCAUUUAUUCAAUGAUCGAGCAUUUAUUGCUUCAAUUACAUUGUUUUGAUUUAGAUAUGACUGUAUAUUACAGAAAGAUAUUGAAUAAUUAAUAAGGAUCUGACAGGUGAUUUUGUUCCCUGUGCUCUUGUUUGAAUGUUUAAUUAUCAUAAUUAUUAACCAAUAAGAACCUGACCACAGAUAAGCCCUUAACUACAAAAAACAUCUGUCCCCAUAGAUAAGUCCCUGCCCAAAAUCAUACACCUUUAUUACAAAUAUUCCUAUGCCCAUAUACUACGGGUAGGAUAUAUAAGCCCCUUUUCUCCAUUUUAACGCUCAAUUUGUCCGCAACAAAACCUCCACCCAGAAACAAAACCAUGUUCACAGAUAAACCCCUGCCCACAAAUAAGCCCUUACACACUAAUAAGCCCCUGGCCACAAAUAAACCCUUGUCCGCUCAUAAGUUCAUAUCUAAAAAUAAGCCCAUACACACUAAUAAGCUCCUACUCACACAAAAAAACCCUGUCCAAUAAUAAGUCCAAAUCUAAAAAUGAGCUCCUGUCCUCAUCUAAAUUGGGCCCCUUCCUCAUUUUUUUGCAAAAUCAUCAACUUUGAAAAAGUAGUAAAAGUGGCUCACAAAUAACUCCUGACCAUUUACAGUGGCUGAAUAUGGUAGUCGACUGAUGUAUAGUUUUACUGCUACAUGUAGUUAUGUCUCAAUAUUCAUUUUAAUUCUUUACUAUGUUCUCAGUAUUAAUGUUGCAUUUUCAGAUUAUUUAAUGUUUUAUAUAUAUUACAAAAUAACAUUUCAUACAUGUGAUAAUAUCCAACUGUGAUUUUCAUUUUCGGUAUUUGUAUCAUUUCUUUGUCUGAAUUGUCCAUUCCUGAACUACCCUCCAUAGGUCCUGACAGAUCUGUUGUUAUUAGUCCCCUACAUGUGACCUGUGAAACCAGGGGGUGGGGGUUAUAUGUUGCCUCCCCGUCUGUCUGUCUGUCUGUCUUUCCAUCUGUCAGUUCUCCACUCAGACUUCCACAAUUUCUUCAGCCAUGCUUCAAUGUAUGUUGUUGAAUGUUGUUAUAUAACUUCAGUAUAAGUAUCUUCAGAUCAAGUUCAAGUUUAAGGGUUUUUGAGUCAAGGUCAAGGUCACUGUUACUAUUUUUAGUUUUAGCGGGGGCUGGAAUGGGGCAUGUAAUUAUUUAGCAAUACCAUGCAUGCUUGUCAUGUUAUACUGUGUUGAGUCCUGUACUCAUGGUUUCCUUUUGGAAUAACUUGAACUUACAUUACCUACUGUACUUUACAUCUUUUAGCAGAUUCAUUAAAAACUCGAAACUGACAAUUUCUUGACUCAAAGUUUGUAAGCUCACCUGCCUGAAGAUCAAAGUUAGCUGAUGCCAUUGUGCCAUGUCCAUUGUUUGUCCGGCGUCAAUGUUUCUCUUUACACAACUUCUCAAUAACUGAGAAGCAUAUUGAGUUGAGUUUUGGUCUAUAACAUGCUGGAAUGAAGUGCUACGAAGUUUGUUUGAAUGAAUGACCUUAACCUACAUUCAAGGUCACAGUGGUCAAGUAUGCCCAUGUCUAUAAACAAAUUCCUCUCAAUAGCUAAGAGGCCUGUUGGCCUGUAGCAUGCUGAAGUGAAGGGCUACAAACUUUGUUCAGAUUAAUAACAUUCAAAGUCAGUGUUAAAAUAUUCCGAAAUCUUUCAAUGAUAAUGUCUAAGUAUAUUUUCUUACAUACUCUUAAAUCUCAAUACUCUUAUAAUUGAAUAAUGGCUGAAUCAGCGGAGCAAAAUUGUUUUAGAAGCAGGUGAGCGAUAGAUAAAGGCCCAUUGGACCUCUUGUAUACUCAUAUAUGUCUGUGCAUCCAUGUGAGCCGGUGAAGAGAUUGUGUAUAUAGUUAGAAAUAUCAUGAGCCCCUGGACAGAUUUAUUUAAUCCUGGGGUAGGUGUAUAUCUAUAUGAGUUUAACAACAGCAAUAAAAUAUAGAUUUUGUCUUAUUGAUAGCUUUGAAAUAUGAAUCGCUUAGAAGACAGAUGUAAACGAGAGGGAUGCUUGUUUGUAUUCAAUGUUUAAAUGUAACCAUGGUUUCAUUUUCUCCAUUUCAAAGCAUCAGACUGAUAUUCUUUUGUGUAUGUUUUUUUUCAAAUAAAGGUAUCAAUAUAAG